UAUAUCAUCAUAUAUACAACCUGUUUGAAAAGCUACAAAAAUUAGUGAUACUCAUUAAGUGGUGAAAUGGCUCAGCUUGUAGGCAAUGGUGGCAAAGAUGGCAGGUGGUCACUUGAGGGAAAGACAGCCCUUGUUACCGGCGGAACCAGAGGAAUCGGGUAUGCUGUUGUGGAGGAAUUGUCAAGGUUUGGGGCGACUGUGUACACGUGCUCUCGAAAAGAAGCUGAUGUGAAUAAAUGCUUGCGGGAGUGGGAGGCAAAGGGCUUCCGAGUCAGUGGUUCAGUUUGUGACCUUUCUUCUCGUGCCCAAAGGGAAGAGCUUAUGAACACAAUUUCUCAUGAGUUUAAAGGCAAGCUGGAUAUCCUUAUAAACAAUGUGGGAACCAACGUUAAGAAACCAACCUUAGAGAUGACAGCCGAAGAUUUCUCAUUCGUCAUGAGUACCAACUUUGAAUCGGCUUACCACAUGAGCCAACUUGCACAUCCUCUUCUAAAAGCAUCAGGAGCAGGAAGCAUUGUUUUCCUUUCUUCUGUUUCUGGACUGCGGGCAAUAGGCUGUGGAUCUGUUUAUGAAGCCACUAAAGGAGCAAUGGACCAACUUACUAGAAGUUUGGCACGUGAGUGGGCAAAAGACAAUAUCAGGACCAAUUCUGUUGCACCUGGAGCGACAAGAACUAGUUUAAUUGACGAUCUUACAAGCAAUGAAUUGGAAGCUAUAUACUUACAGACUCCUCUUCGACGACUCGGGGAACCAAAUGAGAUGUCAGCUUUGGUAGCAUUUUUAUGCCUUCCUGGAGCUUCUUACAUAACCGGACAGACAAUCUAUGUUGAUGGAGGGAUGUGGUCCCUUGAGGGAACCACAGCUCUUGUCACUGGUGGAUCCAAAGGAAUUGGGUAUGCUAUUGUGGAGGAAUUGGCAGGGCUUGGGGCGACAGUGCACACGUGUUCUCGAAAUGAAGCUGAUAUUAAUAAGUGUGUGAGUGAGUGGAAGACGAAGGGCUUCAAAGUUACUGGUUCAGUCGCUGACCUUUCUUCUCGAGCCCAAAGAGAGGAGCUUAUCAACACAGUUUCUCAUGAAUUUAAUGGCAAACUGAAUAUCCUUAUAAAUAAUGUGGGAACCCAAAUUCCUAAAACAACCCUAGAGAUGACAGCGGAAGAUUUUUCAUUCCUCAUGACUACUAACUUUGACUCUGCUUACCACCUGAGCCAACUUGCACAUCCUCUUCUAAAAGCAUCGGGAGCAGGAAGUAUUGUACUUAUUUCUUCCAUUGGUGGAUUGUUGGCAAUAAGAGGUGCAUCCCUUUAUGGAGCAACUAAAGGAGCAAUAAACCAACUUACUAGAUGUUUGGCAUGUGAGUGGGCAAACGACAAUAUCAGAACUAAUUGCGUUGCACCAGGAGCGAUAAAAACUCCUUUAUUUGAGAAGGCAACCGAAACCAAAAGCUUGAAAGUUACAAAUGCACGGACACCUCUUGGACGACCUGGGGAGGCGGACGAGACAUCAUCCUUAGUAGCAUUUCUCUGCCUACCUUCAGCCUCUUUCAUAACUGGACAGAUAAUCUAUGUUGAUGGAGGAAUGUCUGCAUUUGGAUUUGAUCCUCUUGCCUAUAACUAGAACAAUGACAGAUGAUCAGAUA